AUGGAUCCCGCUAGGCCCCAGCAAAUCCCCGAGUCUCCCCCGUUAGUGCUGAGAGCUGCUGCUCGAGUGCUCACACUGGAGAGACUGCAGCAGCAGCCUGCCCCCACCCAGGACCCGCUCCUGCCCUCCCUGAAAGGCCUCCCCGUCCUGACUCUGCAGAGUCCAGGGCACGGGCUGGGGCGGCCCAGGCCAGGGGUUCCAUUCUGCACCUGCACCGGGGGCUUCGGCGGCUUCACAGGAACUCGCGCCGCGUACCUGCGGCCCAGCGCUACCCGGCAACCAGCGGGGACUUGGAGCCAACCCGGCCGUGCUGGAGAAGGAAGCAGGCGCCGGUGCUCACUGAGCCCCGCGGUGCGCCUCGGCUGGAGUUCAGGGAUCUGCAGCGGUGCCUCUGCCGGGCAGCCUUUCUGGGACGCCCUGCGCGUCCUGGGUGCCGGCGUCGGCGAGCGGCGCGAGGCCGCCCUCUCGCGCCCUCAUUGGUUCGCAGCGGCUCCCGGGUCAGCGCCCCCCCCCCCCCCCCGCCUCCUCCGCCGGGCCCCGAGCGCGCUCAGAGCCGCCCGGCAGCUGGGAGCUCUGCCUCCUCCCGCUCAGACCCGAGGCAGCCGCCGCGCGGCUCAGGACUGGCUCGCCGCGCGCCGGGACUGUCGGCAGGACCCGAGGCUGCAGGGCUGCGCCGGCGGACGCGGCGGGCGGCGGGCUCCGGGCUCCGGACCACCCGCGCUCGGUGCGCUCUGCGUCCCGGCGCCAAGCAGGGCCACCUCCCGCUGCCGCGCCCCCAGGCUCCUCGAGCCCGGACCUGGGGUCCGAGCUGAAAGAGCGGCCGGGAGACCGCGAGGCGACCCGCUGACUCUGGCCCACGGUCCUGGGGGCGCUGGCAAGAAACGCAAAGCCCGAGGGGCGCCGACCCGGAGCUGUCCAGUUCUGAGCGCUGGGGUCCGCCGCCCCGCGGGGAAGGCGGCUGAACACUGAGGCGAGAGAGCGAGCGAGCGAGCGAGCGGACGCGUCCCCAGGACUCUGCGGCCCCGCUGCUCCCAAGCUGCGCCACUCGGCCUUCGCCGCGCUGCCCCACGACCGCUCGCUGCGCGACGCCCGCGCGCCCUGGAAGACGCGGCCGGUGUAGCGGCGGCCCGGUGAUCUGUCCUCGCCGAGCCCGAGCCGGGCAGAAAGGGCUCGACGCCAGGGGUCGCUGCCUCCGGGAACGCUGCGCCCAGACCCAAAGACCCUUUGCGACCUGGAGCGGCCGGGGCACCGAGGCUCCCAGAGGCUGCGCAGGGCCGGGUUCCAAGUUCCUGGAGGGUCGUUGUCUGCGAUUCCCGGGCUGGGUCUUUACACCCCAGGUCCAGUCGGGGAGCCAACCCGGAGGACGGCGCGACUGCCCGAGCGCAGGAGCCUUGCCGGCCGCCCGCUGACUUAACUCACUUCGCACACGGAAGGGGCAGGCGCGACGAGCGCGCGACUGGCCCGGAGCUACCUGUCUCGACUCCCUGACCUCCUGGCCGUUUCCCCGCGGCUACUCGCUCCUCGGCAGUGAGGACCCCACCGGGAUCUGAGCGAGUAGAAAGAUGGCCCUCGGCGGCUGUGCCCACCCUGGGGAAAUGAUGGGACGCGGGGUUUCAACGGGUCCCGCCCGGAGCCAGGAGCCCAGUUCCCUCUGCAGGCACUGGGGAGAAGCGGUCGGUGUCCCCUGUGGGGCUGCGGUUGGGGAUUCUCGCGCCCCUUCUCCGGGGGCGAGGUUUCCACAAUAAAAGCUCACCGAAUUCGCCCUG